UCCAGCAGGUUGGACGUCUUUCAUCCAGCAGGUUGUGAAACUUUGAUUCUCUUUUCUUUUCUUUCAGCAGUUCAUUCAGAUAUUUGGAGGAUCUUCACAUGUGUGUUUCAGGAUUAAUAGUCCUAUAAUUCUACAUGGACGAUUUUCCCAAACACGCAUGCGCCAUUCCCGGACCACCGAAACCGUCCACCCGCCCCUGCAGUGAGGAGGAGGGAUGGGACUCUACCGACACCGGCGCGCCGGAGGAGGCGGCCUGGCCUGAACCCGAGGCUCCCGCCGCUGCGGGCGGACGGACGAACGGAGGAGCGCAUCCAAACCGGAACGCCGCACGCGGAUCACAGAACCGGGCCGCCGGCAUGAAGCGUCCGCGCCGCGCCGCGGCUCCGCGCCACCGGAGGUGAAACGGGGGAAAAAUGAACGAGGAAUGGCGCCCAGAGGAUGACAGCUUCAUCGUGCGCGUGAAGGCGGUGGUGAUGACCAGAGAUGAGUCCAGCGGCGGCUGGUUGGCGCAGGACGGCGGUCUGAGCAGAGUGGGCGUGUGCCGACUGCUGCCAGACCUGCUGCCCGGCCGCUUCUCCUUCCUCAUCCACGGCGAGCGGCUGAAGGACCGGCAGGUGAUCCUGAAGUGCUUCUUAAAGAAAGACCUGGUGUACACCAAGGCCACGCCCACAUUCCACCACUGGAGGGUGGACAACAGGAAGUGCGGCCUGACCUUCCAGAGUCCGUCCGACGCCCGAGCCUUUGACCGCGGGGUGAGGAAGGCUCUGGAGGACCUCACAGAAGGCUCCACCACGUCCUCCUCCACGCUGCACAACGAAACGGAGCUCGGAGACGAUGACGUGUUCACGACAGCCACAGACAGUUCCUCCAACUCCUCCCAGAGGAGAGAGCCAGCGAUGACCGCUUGGGUUCCUGCCUACUUCUGCGAACCCCGCCGGCCCCACUGCAUUCUGGGACAUUUCUACGAGCAGCCCCGAGCCUUGGAGCACUGCUUCCUGGAGCAGGCGGUGCACAUCAUCCCCCAUCGCGUUGGCUUCCAGGUGGACGAGGAUGACAUCGUACGCAUCAACCCGCGAGAGCGAGGCUGGCUCACCGGCUACGAGGACUACCGGCAUGCUAACUCCACCCAGGACAACCUGGUCCCGCCUCACACGCCGGACACCUACGUGCACUUCACCAAGAAGGACGCACCCAAGCGGGACCAGCGGGACCACCUCUACCCGUUUCCGCUUAGCUGCGGCGUGCGGCCGUGCUGCGACAGCAAGGCGGGCUGCGGCGACCUCGGAGGGGCCCACAGGACGGUGGUGACUCUGCCCCCUAGGCCCCUCCCGGCCAAAUGCAAACGGCACGCGGAGGACGCGGAGCACCUCCGCUGCGUGUACUGUCAGGACAUGUUCAGGCUGGAGGAGAACUGGCGGGGCCGCUGCCAGGAGGCCCCGGACCCCGUUCGGACCUGCAUCCGGCGGGUCAGCUUCAUCUGGUGCGCCGACAGCCUGCUGUACCACUGCAUGUCCGACCCGGAGGGCGAGUACUUCGACCCUUGCUCCUGCGACACCAGAGACGAGCACUUCUGCCUGCGCUGGGCGGCGCUGGUGGGCCUGUCCCUACUGGCCCCCUGCAUGUGCUGCUACGGCCCGCUGCGGGCGUGCCACCGCUGCGGUGUGGCCUGCCGCUGCUGCGGCGGCAAGCACAAGGCUGCGAGCUGAGGCGCCGCAGCCCCGCCCACCCCCAAGACCACCUGCCAUCAAAGGCCGCUGUGAUUUCUGUCGUCGUUUGUGUGAACAGAUUUAAAUCCUGGUUUUCCUUUGUGAAGGUCAGAGGUCAUUUCUAGAGAGAACGUUCAUGAAUGAGUGAGCGGUGUCGCCGUGCACGUGCACUUCCAAAUCCCACCAGCAGGGCUGAAGUCAGAGGAGCGUUCCCGCCUUCAGAGGCAGGACUCUGCCUGCAGAAGUGAAUCGGGUUGAUUCCUUUGAUCCGUUUGAAAAGCCGACAAGUAUAAUCAACGUUUUAGCCCCGAUGAACCGACCACAGGAACGAAGGACUUUGGCUCUGAAGCAGACCAACAAGAGACCAACACAUGAACUGGGCCUAACUGGGAUAAGUCAAGGACCGUUAAGCCCCGUGUUUGGACCAGUUCUGUCCAAAUGUUUGGGACCAGUUUGGACCAGUGCUGUCCAUACGUCUGGAGACUUGGACCAGUUCCAAACGUCUGGGACCAGUUUGGACCAAUUCUGUCCAAACGUCUGGGACCAGUUUGGACCAGUUCUGUCCAAACGUCUGGGACCAGUUUGGACCAGUACUCUCCAAACAUCUGGGACCAGUUUGGACCAGUUCUGUGCAAACGUCUGGAGACUUGGACCAGUUCUGUCCAAACGUCUGGGACCAGUUUGGACCAGUACUCUCCAAACAUCUGGGACCAGUUUGGACCAGUUGUGUCCAAACGUCUGGGACCAGUUUGGACCAAUUCUGUCCAAACGUCUGAGACCAGUUUGGACCAGUUCUGUCCAAACGUCUGCGACCAGUUUGGAACAGUUCUGUCCAAACGUCUGGGACCAGUUUGGACCAGUUCUGUCCAAACAUCUGGGAACAGUUUGGACCAGUUCUGUGCAAACGUCUGGAGACUUGGACCAGUUCUGUCCAAACGUCUGGGACCAGUUUGGACCAGUUCUGUCCAAACGUCUGGGACCAGUUUGGACCAGUUCUGUGCAAAGGUCUGGAGACUUGGACCAGUUCUGUCCAAACGUCUGGGACCAGUUUGGACCAGUACUCUCCAAACAUCUGGGACCAGUUUGGACCAGCUGUGUCCAAACGUCUGGGACCAGUUUGGACCAAUUCUGUCCAAACGUCUGGGACCAGUUUGGACCAGUUCUGUCCAAACGUCUGGGACCAGUUUGGACCAGUUCUGUCCAAACAUCUGGGACCAGUUUGGACCAGUACUCUCCAAACAUCUGGGACCAGUUUGGACCAGUUCUGUGCAAACGUCUGGAGACUUGGACCAGUUCUGUCCAAACGUCUGGGACCAGUUUGGACCAAUUCUGUCCAAACGUCUGGGACCAGUUUGGACCAGUUCUGUCCAAAAGUCUGGGACCAGUUUGGACGAAUUCUGUCCAAACGUCUGGGACCAGUUUGGACCAGUUCUGUCCAAACGUCUAGGACCAGUUCUGUCCAAACAUGUGGGACCAGUUUGGACCAAUUCUGUCCAAACAUCUGGGACCAGUUUGGACCAGUACUGUCCAAACGUCUGGAGACUUGGGCCAGUACUGUCCAAACGUCUGGAGACUUGGGCCAGUACUGUCCAAACGUCUGGAGACUUGGGCCAGUACUGUCCAAACGUCUGGAGACUUGGGCCAGUACUGUCCAAACCUCUGGAAGCUGGUGCCAAGCUUGGAUCAGCUGUGCCUGCCUCAUUCUCCGUUUGGAAUUUUGGAAAACCUCUCCUGACGUUCUUGUGGGACAGACUGACGGCGUGACGUUUCUGUACCUACCGCUAAACACGGAGGCGUGUUCCAUAUGUGUCACUUUCCUCUCGUGUUGUCAUGGCUGCAGAGCUCGCAGACUCCGUGUCGUCUCCGCCGUAACGUUUUUCAGGUGAAGGAAUCGAACGUGAAGUCAUCACGGCAAACCUGCAGAGUGUUUAUCGCAGCAGAACUCUGAUCCCGCUCAGUCUUACGUUUGGACAGGACCAUGUGAUCAGAACCAUUCGGGCGUGAAAACGGCGAGGUUCUGUGGGAAGCUGGAACGCUCAGAUGUCACUCACAGCAAUGUGGCGUUCGGACGUGAGACAAACCUUCAGCGGCGAUGUUCUGGUUCUGAUCUAACUCAGGGAAAGUAGCGCUCAGAGGGACAUUCAGACACUUUUUCACCGUUAAAGCAGAAAAAAAGGAGAUCGGUUGUGAUCUGUGUUUGGCCAAAACAUUCAGGUGUAAACGGCGAGGUUCUGUCAUCUUCAGAGAACCCGGUGCGUCCACAUGGUUCUGGUAUAGUGUGAAACCGUUUCCUUUUGUUGGCUCUUGCUGUUUGGAUUUUUCUGGACCCGGUUCUGGUUUGGAAAAUUCUGCAGUGCAGAUGGAAUCUAGAGCAGGAAGACCUGGAUGAAGUGGACGGAUGUUUGAUCAGAAGGAGCAGACAUGGGCGGGUUCUGCGCUUUACCAUGAGGCAUUUCGGUCUUUCAGAACCUGGAUCGGAGCAGAUCAAAGAUCCUUCUGAUGGUAGAAACACAAACUGAAGGGCUGAGCGGCGGCCUCAGUGCCCCCCCUCACAUCAACACACCGGCGACGACGUCCUCCGCUGCCGUGACGGCGCUGGUUCUGCAGUUGAUGAAGACGUGGCACACAGGGGUGGGACGCUGUACGGCUGUGAGGGUUGCUCGCUGAGCCUCCCCCAGUUCCCAUCCCUGCUUUGGUUGCUGCCCCCCAUGCUCACUGGUGGGGGGCGUCGUGCACAGAGACUCUAGUGGCGGAAGGUUGUGGGUCAGCUGAACUGAAAGCUUUCCUGACCGCUGGGGUGCAGGACACUGGACCACAGGGCCGCUGCAUUUAGGUUUUGAUGUUUCCUCUGCUAUCGGACUCGGCCUCAUCAUCACCAGGAUGUGUCACUGCCAUGCCAACCGCUCCUCCCGAACGCCAACAAUCACGCCAAGCUGUGGUCGGCGCCGUUACUAUGACGCCAGGAUAACCUGUGCGGCGGCUGAUGUGGGCACUGAUGCUAAACGGCUAGCAUUCAUGUGGUUCUGGAAGGCUCAACGAAGAACCAAAGACCGACUUUCAUUCAGCCAGCAGACCCCCCCAGUGAGCGCUGGGGGGAGGUCCAGGGCUUCAUGGGGGGGCACAGACAUCCCAGAAUGGGUUUUGGCGUGGAUGCGGCCUCGCUCAGGGUGAACGCUGGCUCCUCUCAGCCUCACUGUGAUGAAGGACGCUGCAUCAGCAGAACUGCCGCCCAGAGGUUCUACCCUGGUGGGAGGUCUGUCACGCCCCCCACUGAAGCCAAACAUCCCAAAAUAAUAAUAAUAAUUGAUACUUUAUUUAUCCCACAAUGGGGAAAUUCUUCUCCACAUUUUGACCCCUCCCCUGGGGGUAGUAGUGAGCUGCAGGCAAGCCGUACUGGGGGGGGUGAUAGCUGGCAAGGGAGAGCGGGUAUCGAACCGCGAACCCUCCUGUUGAUGGACAACCUGCUCUCUCACCUGAGCUAAACUGCCGCCAAAAGAGUCUGUAGUUGCGGCGGCGCCUGGGUGGUAUCAGAGCGGUUUCAGCCAACGUGAGGCUGGACGGGUUUGAGACGUCCAGACUGGAGGUUCCACCUCAUCCCAACAGAAACGUUCUUCAGCGUGGAUCGUGUGAUCUGAACCGUCGUUUGUUCUGGAACGGCCAAAAAGGGCCCUGUCAUUGGCCGUGCCGUCAGAACCGCCGUGUAUUCUGGGACGGCGCAGAGCUGCCUGUCGUUGGCCGUGACGUCAGAACCGCCGUGUAUUCUGGGACGGCGCAGAGGUGCCUGUCAUUGGCCGUGCCGUCAGAACCGCCGUGUAUUCUGGGACGGCGCAGAGGUGCCUGUCGUUGGCCGUGACGUCAGAACCGCCGUGUAUUCUGGGACGGCGCAGAGGUGCCUGUCGUUGGCCGUGACGUCAGAACCGCCGUGUAUUCUGGGACGGCGCAGAGGUGCCGGUCGUUGGCCGUGACGUCAGAACCGUCACGUGUUCUGGGACGGCGCAGAGGUGCCGGUCGUUGGCCGUGACAUCAGAACCGUCACGUGUUCUGGGACGGCGCAGAGGUGCCGGUCGUUGGCCGUGACAUCAGAACCGUCACGUGUUCUGGGACGGCGCAGAGGUGCCGGUCGUUGGCCGUGACAUCAGAACCGUCACGUGUUCUGGGACGGCGCAGAGGUGCCGGUCGUUGGCCGUGGCCUCAGAACCGUCGCGUGUUCUGGGACGGCGCAGAGGUGCCUGUCGUUGGCCGUGACGUCAGAACCCUCACGUGUUCUGGGACGGCGCAGAGGUGCCGGUCGUUGGCCGUGACGUCAGAACCCUCACGUGUUCUGGGACGGCGCAGAGGUGCCUGUCGUUGGCCGUGGCCUCAGAACCGUCGCGUGUUCUGGGACGGCGCAGAGGUGCCUGUCGUUGGCCGUGACGUCAGAACCGCCGUGUAUUCUGGGACGGCGCAGAGGUGCCGGUCGUUGGCCGUGACGUCAGAACCCUCAUGUGUUCUGGGACGGCGCAGAGGUGCCGGUCGUUGGCCGUGACGUCAGAACCGUCACGUGUUCUGGGACGGCGCAGAGGUGCCGGUCGUUGGCCGUGACGUCAGAACCGUCACGUGUUCUGGGACGGCGCAGAGGUGCCUGUCGUUGGCCGUGACGUCAGAACUGUCACGUGUUCUGGGACGGCGCAGAGGUGCCUGUCGUUGGCCGUGGCCUCAGAACCGUCGCGUGUUCUGGGACGUGGAAAGUGCCUGAAGUCUUGGUCACGAAUACCUGCAAAGAAAAAGGUUCAGGAAACAAAACGGGGUUUUCUAUACAGAUGAGUCCUUUUGACCGGUGGAUCUUUCAGAACAUAUACAUACAUGUGGAUCAGGUGUAUGCUGUACAUUUUCAGUUCUAUUUUUUUAUUGUUUUUAAAAUGGUCGAUGUAUCCGAGACAAAAGUAUCCUCUGGAAAUUAAAGGUGAAUCCUCAAACUGUG